AAUUUCCGGCCGCACGCGGCACAUCAACGACACCGCCAUCUGUGGGUCACGAACGAUAGUGAAAAGCUCGAUAUCAGUCGCCUACUGAGUAAAUUUGUAAGAGAUGGAGCUGACCGGAGAAUUGCUACAAUCCUGUUGAAAAGACGCUGGACAAUGCAGACCGGCACAAAUCAAGUUAAACAGCUUCCCUCGCGGGGGCUGAAGCAGGUGAAAGUAGAUAAUUGGGGGACAUUUUUUCUCCAGCGAUUGCAACAGCUCUAUUUCGAAGAAGAGCUACUAGACCUUACAAUCAAAUUUCCAACCAGUGACAUCACCGUACAGGCUCAUCGUCUAGUAAUCACAACAUGCACAGAUUACUUUACGCAACUUGAAUCCCAGCUCAAAGAAAAAGAUGAUAACUUUGAUGGUGUACUUAUCAUGCCACCGGAUAUGCCUUACGAGUGUGUCAAGUCUAUCAUCAGUUUCAUGUACACUGGCCAAUUGGAGUAUUGGACUUCAGAACAAAACGCUCUAUAUCGAACAGCACAAAAAAUGAACAUGACUGUCUUGACGAAGCUACUUGAUGCACAAUUUAAUACCACAGAUUUGCAAUUGAAUCCGACGCCAAAGGCGAAAUCUAAUGUUCAACCAGUAAUUACUAUGACAAAACCUGUCACACCGAGUAAAAAAAUAAUGAGUGGUCUCAGUCAAUCGACAAUUUUGCCUUCACAGCCAUUACCAGGUCGAAAGCUCCCAAUUUGGAAAAGAAAGUUAGACUCUGCAUCCAAUUAUGACUACCCAAAUAACUCAUUUGGUAAGGAUACUACCCCUGGUCCCUCACGAUUCGAUCUCCCUGAAGUGGAAGAUUUUGCUUUGGGAGUAUUUUCUUCAUUUGACGACAUUACCUAUAAUACAAAGCCUAUUGUCAAGGCACCUAGCUCACAAGACGAUUGUGACAAUGAGGUCAAAACUGGAAUGAAACGUUCAAAAGAUGAGGAUAGACAUUAUAAAAACGAGACUUCAGAUGAUGAGGAGGGUGACGAUCAUGGUAGGAACCAAGAAACAGCAGCAGACAAUUCAGAUGAUGAUUGGGGUGGUCCCAAGUCCAUACUAAGACCACAAGAAUCCAAUCAGUCUCGGACUAAACGAGUAAGAUUUGAUUUAGAGGAAAAAGAAAAUCUAGAAAAAACUAAGAGUACCUCAUCACCAACAAACACUCCAGAAGCAAUAAACAAUCACGCUAAAAUAAUAAGAGAGGUCCUAAAAAAGUACCCCCACUUAGUUAGAAAUAACAAGAACAUACGUCUUAAAAUCAUGCAGAAGGAGGCAAAAUCAACCGAACCAAGUAUUCCGACUAAAACUAAAGUUUCUUACGUUGUCCUCAAGUCUGACCACCUGAUGGGUAACACGAACAGUGAAAGCUCAGAAGAGCCCAAGUUUAGCGGAGGGGAUGGAACAGAAUCAGGUCCUUGGAAAUGUAGUAAAUGUGACAUCGAAGAAGAAUAUGCAACUUAUUACAUGUAUAGAAGACACAUGCAGGAUGUUCACGAUGAAAGGUUUGACCCCAGGAUAUGUGAACACUGUGGUUACAAAGCUACUAAGCGCAAUAUAUUAAUGUACCACCUUUACACGAAACACAAUGUACCACCUCCUAAGAGUAUGUGUUUCCCCAAGUGUCACACAUGCUCUUACGUCGCUCUAUCUGAAAAUCUCCUAGCGCGCCAUCAAAUCAACAACAAACAUUGCGCCCCUGCUCGUCAGGCAUCUGUGUCAUCUGAUAAUGUUCAAUGUUCGCAAUGUGCCGAGACUUUUACUGAUAUAUCAGAGCUGGCUAGCCAUGAGAUGAACACAGGUCACGGUAACGGAGGAGAAAUUAGAGAUAAACCCCAUCGCUGUCCACACUGUGGUAAAUUGUUUGUAAGAGCAUCAAAUUUGGAAGUACACAUUGAUUGUGUCCAUAAAGAUAUAAUAAAAAAUUCCGAGAUCGCACCAACAGCUCCAAUCGCUCUAGAGCCGUCAUCGGAAGCGGAAGCACUGAGUCAUGUGGCCAGCGGAAUUGCAGCAUCCCUGGGAGUAAGUGAUGCCAUAGCAACACAUGAACAAGUAAUUACGUCAGAUCAGACAGAGUACAUUGUUCCUGAGAUGCAAAUUUCUGAUGGAAUGCACAAUAUAGCAUAUAACGGACAAGAAGUUGGUGAAGAACAACAAAUGGUUAUGCUAAUUGAUAACAGUGAAUAUCAACAAGAGGGAGGUGACCAUCAACAAACGGUACACCAGUUGAACGUAGGGGUUAAUGAACAGAUUGUCAUGCAAGGUGACGAAGAUGGAAUGAUUGUUUACGUUCAUGAGAAUGAGGAAGUUAGUCACGAACAUUAUCAGGUUGAUGACUCGACCGAGAUAUGUCAAGAAACUGAAGAAAUCGUUGAAGAGGUAGUAGAAGAAGUUGAAGAAGAGGUUGAAGAGGUAGAAGAAGGGGAAGCUGGUGAAAAUGAGGAAACUGAGGAUAUGGAGGCAACAGACGAAGCUCAAGAAGCGGAAGUAACAGAAGAGUAUGAAGAGACCACAGAGGAAAGAACAGAAAACGAAGGUAUGGUUGUGGAAGAAGGUAAUGUUGAGCAGGGGGAAGACCUGGUCCAAUACGUAGAGGAAGAAACAGAAAUACUAGAAUAUCAAGAAGAACAAUCGAAUGAGCAUACCAUUGAAUCCCAACCGACAGAGGAGUCUGUCAUGAUUAUAGAAGAGGAACAAAUCGAGGAAACAGAGGGUGAAAUAGUGAACGAAAAUCCGCGAGAAAAUGUGAAAGCUGAUACCAUAGCUAAUGAAUGGGAUGAUGACAGUGCGGAUACAGGUACAACGUAGGUAAU